AUGCCGGCGACUUACCACAUCUUUCUACGGGAACUCAUGCAGAAACAGAGACAAGAUCAACAGACUCUGCUGGCUCCUGAGAACCUGAUGCGAAACUAUGCCACAUUCCCGGCCCUAUCACUGGGUUUUCAUGAGGACUUCUGUGUCUUUAUUUUGUUUUUCUUCCCAGAAUUACCUUCUCCAAAGUUGACAUCCAAUACAAGUAUGGUGAGGAUGGGCCAAAGUGUAUUUCUGUUUUGUUCCAUCAAGAACACAUCGCUUCGAGUCAACUACUCAUUGUUUUUGUAUGACAAACAACUGAAGUGGAAGGAAGGAGGUGAAGCAGUGGUUUUUACCCAAAUGAUCUCCAACGCCAAUGAAUCAGGCCCCUACAAAUGCAAAGUCCAAGCAGCCAACAGUACCCACAAAUAUAGCAAAGCGGUCAACUUCACACUUGAUAUAGACAGCUGUCCUUUAUGCCUCCUGCCUCUGCUGGUUCCUGUGUUACUGGUGCUGUUGGCCAUCAUCCUAAUUCUGGUGUUUUGGAUCCGACCAAAGUACAAAGCAAGAAAAGCUCCGCGAGUGAAGGGGCCCACGGACUCUGGAACUGUGUCCCUGGACAGUGACCUGUAUGCAAACACCUAUCAUCUUCAACCAAGGUCAGAGUCCGCUCAGGAGAUACAUUACACCACUCCAGUGUUCCAGGAGAUGUCAACCUGGAAGCAAGAAGCCUAUCAGAGUUCUGAGACUCGUUCUGUCUAUUGUGAACUCAACUUCUCAGAUGUAAAGAACUGACUCCAUCUCAGGAAAGCUGAUCGACUUGGAGAGACAGCAAAUUCGUCUGCCACUUAAAAUGUCUAGCCUGGUCACACGAGUGAAGCCUCGAUUUUUCAUACCUGAAUGCGAAUGCUUGGCUCGUGGGGUGCAUCCAUUCUUGUCAUCACGCAUACUUCGGCCAGGUGGGACCCUGCGGGUAGCAGCUCUCAAGGGCUUUGGCGUGGGGGCCUGAUUUUCAACCUUAGGCCUUUCACGUUCUCUGUUCUGGGUCCUCCAAGGGGUCACAAGCAAAAACACAAUGUCCUGUCCAAUACCCUCAAUGUCUAAAAGCAGCUGAUGUAGCCAAGCACUGGUGGCUUGUGCUCAUCAUCCUAGCUACUCAGGAGGCUGAGUUCUGAGGCUCACAACCUGUCUGCCUGGGCAGACACAUUGGAGACACUCUGAUUUCCACCUAACUAGCAAAAAGCCAGAAGUGGAGGUGUGGCUCAAGCAGUAGAGUGCCAUCCUUGAGUGAAAAAACUAAGAGACACCAUCCAGGAUGAGUUCAAGCUUAAG